AUGUCAGCAGCACUGUUCUUGAAUGCUGCAAGAUACGUGCCCAUGUUUACUUUAGCAGAAGCAAUAUGCGUCCCUGGGGCUGAUAAGCUUAUUGGACAUGGUCGCUUCCAUGGACAGUUUGCUUUGUCGGUACCCUGCAUUAUUUUAAGCUACUCGCAAUGUCACCUCCUUAUAAUACAGCAUCAUAUUUCCACAAAAGAGGAGAGCCAAAAAGAGGCGACCGAGGAGAUUGAACCCGACAUUCGUGAUGAUGCCCACGAUGCCACGAUGAUGCCACCAGCGGCCCUAUAA